AUGGCAGUGCAUCAAGUGUUGCACCCCGACAUCCGAACACACGAGGCUGCCUUCGUUGAUAAGUGGUCUUCUGGCGACUUUCCUCACAAUGGCCAGUUUGAGGCUUUGAGUUACGUGUCGAACUACAGACUCACCCAGGGUUAUGACGUGAUCUCAUUUCGUGGAUGGCACUGCCACAUGAUUCGCCCGUUGGCGAAUCAGGAUGGGAGUCUAUGGCGGGCCAUACAAAACGGCAACGUGAGACCCAUGAUCAUUCGCCCGGCCCCUGCUGGCAUCCUCUACAUCAACCUUCAAGCCCGCCUCGAGGACGGAUUUGUCUGGCUUCAGGGCACCAUGCUGUCGGGCCGAGUGGCAUGGAAAGGGAGACAACUGGCCACCCUUGACAUCAGGAUGAGUACUGUCUCGGCGAGAGUCAGAACCGUUCUGUUGCGGCAGAACAUCAUCAGAUCGACCAACAAGGUGGUCUUCAUGGGACACACACGCAUCCUGAGCAAGACGGCGAAGCUGUGGUCCCCACAUGUGAAGAAGUCGCAAAUACCAGAAGCAGAUGACACGGCUCGCCAACAUGUCUUGACGGCACAGCUGCACAGCUUGGAGCAGCAGCUCAAGGCGAUGGACUUGGGCAACGAAGACAUGCUGAUCACCAUCGUAUCCGAGAAGAUUGCAAAAGCAGCUGCUAGCAAGAGGACGAAGAAAUGCACUCAAGAACUGCCUGAUGUUGCUCCGUUCCUCUCGGAAGACGAUGUCAGUUGCCUGAGCAAUCCCGAUCUGAACGUUCUCGCAAAGGUCACACGGCUGAGCAUGGUGUUCUCUCGAGUGGGGUGCAGCAACCCAACCGAGCAGUCAUGCGGGAGGGCCAUCAGCUUCCUCAAGCAACACAUGCAGGUAGCAGAAUUGGGGGAGCCGGGCGAGUUCUUGAAGUCUGUUCAAGACUUUAAGGCGGCAUUGAAAGGACAUGUGAAGAAGAUGCUGCCUGCUUCAGUGCAUGUCCAGACAUUCAGCACUCCCGACCAGUUGCCAAAGGACCUGGCCGAACGUUGCUUCAAAGACAGCCCUCAGGCUUCGGUGCGAAGUGGCCCAGUGGGCAUCACUGGACCCGUGAGGAAGUCGCACAAGAGUGUUUCGCCUUCCACUUCUGCCAGCUCGUGGCAGCAUCAGCCGGGCAUGUUCCCGAGUCAUAUGUUGCCGAGUCAUGUGCCGCUGUUGCCGAGUCAUGGGCAGCAGUUUAUGACGAUGCAGCAGAUGAUGCAGGCAUACAAUCAUAUGCAGCAGCAGUGGAUGGCACCACCAACCCCGAAGUCCCAAGGCUUGCCGAACCUCGUUCUGUUCAAUCAACCGGGGCGGGGCAAGGACAUCGAUCGGAGCCGCAAGGACAUCAAUCAGAUCCGCAUGGCCGAGCAAGCUGAUGCAAUGCUGGCGGCAUGGGAGAGUCGCAAGCUGGAAUCGGACAAGGGCCCGGCCAUGAAGAAGCCGUCUGCUGCCGAUGCCGCAGUGGGGCACGGGAAUCCGAAGGCCAAGGCCAUGCCCUCGAAGGAGGUGAUGCAAACGAUGAGCAAAGAAGCUCCGUUGGCUAUGUUGGGCCGCAAGGCAUAUGUGUCACAACACGGCAUAGAGAGUGUGUUGACAGACUUAAAGAAGUCUGGGUUGCUUGCCGACGACGUUACAUCUUCCAGAAGCUCCAUCAAGCGAGCUCGGGAGGAGGACCUUGCAUCUCUUACCGGUGUUUAUGGGCCCUUGGUGCAGAAGAUGGAGGUCCCGGUGGAGGGCCAGUGCAACAAGACGGUGACGGUGCCAUACAUCCACCCGGCUGCCUUCCUGAAGCACAUCUUCAGUCUUGCUCCGUUGUGGGAAUUUCUGCGACAGGAGGUGUUGCCACACAAGGAGACACCAUCCUAUGCUCGGCCAUGGGGUCUCAUUUUCUAUGCUGAUGAAGUGACCCCUGGCAACACACUCAAAGCCAACAAUUCCCGCAAAAUCCAAUGUGUAUACUGGAGUAUAUCCGAACUUGGAAGUCGCGGUUUGGCGUCUGAGGCAUUAUGGUUUCCACUAACCUGCCUACGGUCGCACCAUUGUUCUUCCAUCGGCGGGUUGACGUGUUUGUGGCGACUCAUGCUUCGACUGUUUUUCACAGAUCACGACAUGCGAAAAGGCAUGGUGGUGGACACUCCGGAAGGAGACCAUUUCCCCAUCUUCUUGGACUUGAAGAUCUUAGUCGCAGAUGAAGCGGCCAUUAAGCAGUCCAUCGAGGGAAAAGGUGCCUCAGGCACCGUCUUCUGCUGCCGAUGCAGCAAUGUCGUUGCUGCCAGAAGCACGGUGAGUGACAUGCGAUCUGAGUUCGUGUCCAGCUUGUGCACUGAUUAUUCGAAAUUUCGUUUACACACCAAUGCCACGACUCGGGAUUUCCUGGCAUUCUUGGAUGCACAGCAUGGCACUGUUAGCAAAGCACAGUUCGAGGCCUUGGAAACAGCCCUGGGAUUCAAUCUGCGAGUGCACGGGUUGCUCAUGGAUGACAUCAUAGGACACAAGGUGCCUGAGGCCAUAAUGUUCGAUUUUUUUCACAUCUACCUCGUCCAUGGCAUCGUUGGAAAUGAAUUGGGCUGCUUCUUUGCCGAGCUUCGCGAUGCAGGUUUCGGCGAGGAUCGACUCAUGGAUUUUGUGUCCAGCUUUCGGUGGCCGAAGCAGUUCGCUUCACCCGAUGCAAAAAGAGUUUUUGCAAAACGGGAAAAGAAAACAUCUCCUGUGAAGGCUGAGGCUUCUGAGCUCCUCAAUGCUCUUCCUGUUUUGCGAAUCUUUAUCUUGAAGUUUGUCAUGACAACAGCGAUCAGCCCGGGCACGGUCCAGGCAUGCAUGUGCUUCCUGAUGCUGUGCAAGGUCGUAGACAUGCUUCAUGAUGCUGUGCGAGGACGUGCUGUUGACCCGGCGGUCCUUCACGACACGAUCGUGAAACAUUCGAACUGCUUGCUAGAGACCUAUGGCCAAGAUAUAUGGGUUCCAAAGAACCAUAUGUCACUUCAUCUAGGUGAAUUUCUUGCAAAGUUUGGCCACUUGGUGUGGUGCUUCACCCACGAGCGAAAACACAAAGUCGUCAAGCGGUUUGCGAACCAAAAGCUGGAUGGCUCCAGGGGCUUCGAGGAGAGUGUCCUGAAGGAUGUCUUGGCAGUGCAGUUGAACUGCAUAUCUGCAGAGCUUCCAUCCUCAAAGGUGCGGCUUAUGAACCCCAAGCCGGCCCCGAAGAAGCUCGUUGAUCUCGUGGGCCAGGUCAUGCCAUUUGCAACGGGGCCCAUUUUGCAUGAUUUGCGGGCCAUGCAUGCCGGCGGGUUCGUUUGCACAAAAGGUGAUAUCGUCGCUUUGGAUGCUACGACUGUGGGUCUAGUGCAGUUUCACUUCCAAGCUGCAGGCCAAGUCUGGACUUGUGUCACACCAUGGAAGCAUGUGUACGAGCACAUGUUUGAAUGCACAGACCUCGACCCCUUUAUCACGACAACGGACAGCAUCAAAUCGUGCUGCAUCUAUUCGGAGAAGGAUGGCAAAGCGAUCGUUUUGGUCUAG